AUGGCGCGGGGGCGCGGUGCUGCGCGCCCAUUGGUGGAGCCGCAGGAUUUGAACGGGCGGGCGGCGGCGCGGCCGUUGGUGCCGCGGAGCCCCCGUGGCUGCGUGCGGAGCCCCCGUGGCUGCGUGCGGAGCCGGAGCUGCCGCCGCCGCCGCCCGGCCCCGCGUCCCCCUAUGGCCGCCGCGCUGCUCCCCGGCGCCGCGUGGGCGCUGAGCCCCGCCGCGAGCGCCCGGCGGCGCUGGGCUGCGCCGCAGCAGGAGGAGGAUGAGGAGGACGAGGCCGUGCUCGUGCUCAGCCACUUCUCCCGGCCGCCCUUCCUCAGCUUUGGCAGCCUGCGCCUCGGCGCCUCCCGCACGCGCCUGCUGCGCCUCGACAACCCCAACGCGGAGGACGCCGAGGUGGAAGUGGAGCGCUUCCCGCCCGCCGCCAAGGGCUUCAGCCUGGAGCAUCGCCGCUUCUCUGUGCAGUCAGGAGAAAGAAUCUUUAUUCCUAUAACAUGGACACCGUUAGAAGAAGGAAGAGUUAGAGAACUGGUAACUUUUGUUAUUAAUGGCAUUGUGAAACAUCAAGCUGUGCUCCUGGGUGUUGUUGAGCGACCUGUGAAGAAAAAAAAGAGUCUUUGGGAUAACAUAAAAAGGAGAAACACUUCUGAAACAGCUGUUUCAACAAGAGUUAAGAAGAAAAAUUCAAAAGUUAAAAAYGCUAAUAAAACCUUUCAAGUUUCACAGAGGUUGGAUACACUUAGAAGCCCRCUUCAAUCAUGUGAAAAUCAGAAUACAAAGCAAAGCAGCGUAUCCUCAAGAAAUGACUCCUUUGCUGGCCUAGAGAAUAAGCUGCCUAUAUCUCCUAUUACACCUAUGCUAGAGGAAGAUCAUGAUGCUGCUUGUACACCCAUUUCAAUGAGAAGAUCUACUAUGUUUUCAGAUGUUGCUGCAGCUAUAAAUGAGGACUUGUUACCUGAAAUAGACAGAUGUAACCUCAAGAAACUUGUUGAUCAUCACAAUGAAUCAAAAUCUGAAAGUGCCUACAGUUCUUCCAACAGAUUAGGACAACUGACAGCUUCAAGUAAUGAAGUAAUUCUUAAUUGUACACUUUCACCUGUUCACACUCCUGAGCGUUCAGUGUCUGUGCCCAUUUCGGGCACGAGGAGAAUUUUAAGUCCAGAUUCUUUUAUAAAGGACAGUUACCAGGUUGAAGACAUUGCAAUAGAGCAACCUGUUCCAAUUCUGUCACCUGAUCAGUUUGUGAGAGACACCUUAUCAGAUGUGCAGUCAAAGACUCCCAAAUUUGAAGCAGCUUCUGUAUCUUCUACUGCAGAGACUUAUGUUGUAAAGAAACGAGUCAAAAAUGGACACGUACAAACAAAAGUGCAUGUUUGUACAGGACACAAGUUAAAUAAUGCCUUUGAGAUAUGUGCUGUGGAAUCACAGGAAAUUCAUUAUGUCAAACCUAAACAAAACCACUUCAGUUUUCCUUCUACAGAGGAACGUCAAACCUGCAGCUCUUCUCAAAGAGACCAACCRAAAAAACGUCCAGUCCUUUCUGCUACUGUCAUUAAAAAUAAGCCUGAUGCUGUUGAAAGAAAAAGAACAGAAAACAUCCAGCCAAAAUCUAGAAAAUGCCUCAAUAAUGCAGUAAUAGAGUGUACUAACGUGUUUCCUGUACAGACCAAGGCAGAAACAGCUAGACACCUUCCAGUUAUAGGACCCAUUUCGGCUGAAAACAAAUGUCAUGACAAAGUAAAUUCAUGCACUGGAUCAACUUCAUUGAGCCGUAAGAGGAAAAGUGAAGUGCACCUAGAAAGCACUAGCACUGCAGUUCUGGCACAUGUGGAGGAAAUUGAAACAAAAAGAACUCUGAUGUCUAGUGUGGAUGAUAAAACACACGCUGCUUUCAGACCAGGAGCCAUCAAACAUCAAAGCCGAGAGAAAGUAGCACAGAGGAAGAAAGCUGGUUCUUCACUUCAGAAAGCAUCUAAAACUACCAACAGAAUUAGUAAACCUGUUGCUGGAUUGGCUCAGUCUCACCUGACAUUUGUGAAACCGUUAAAAACAGUCAUUCCCAGACAUCCAAUGCCUUUUGCUGCUAAGAACAUGUUUUAUGAUGAGCGCUGGAAGGAGAAGCAACAACGAGGUUUCACCUGGUGGUUAAAUUUUAUACUUACCCCUGAUGACUUCACUGUAAAAGCAAACACCUCACAAGUGAACGCAGCAGCUCUUAUCUUGGGAGCAGAGCACCACCAUAAAACCAGUGUACCUAAGGCACCAACAAAAGAUGAAGUAUCUCUCAAAGCUUAUACAGCUCAGCGCAGGCUGAAUAAGCUGCGACGUGCAGCUUGCCGCUUGUUUACAUCUGAAAAAAUGGUCAAAGCCAUUAAGAAGCUGGAAGUUGAGAUCGAAAGUAGACGUUUGCUGGUCCGUAAAGACAGACAUCUAUGGAAAGAUGUAGGAGAAAGACAGAAGGUCCUUAACUGGCUUCUCUCUUACAACCCUUUGUGGCUCCGUAUAGGUCUGGAGACUGUUUAUGGAGAGCUGAUAAGUUUGGAGAGCAAUAGUGAUGUUAUGGGGUUAGCGAUAUUUAUUCUUAAUCGCUUGCUUUGGAACCCUGACAUUGCAGCAGAAUACAGACAUCCCACUGUGCCUCACCUCUACCGAGAAGGCCAUGAGGAAGCUUUAUCAAAAUUCACACUGAAGAAAUUGCUGCUGUUAAUUUGCUUUCUGGAUUGUGCCAAGAAGUCUAGAAUCAUUGACCAUGACCCCUGCCUCUUCUGCAAGGAUGCAGAUUUUAAGAGUAGCAAAGAUGUUCUGCUGGCAUUUUCUCGAGAUUUCUUGAGUGGUGAGGGAGACCUUUCCCGCCAUCUGAGUUUCCUGGGACUACCUGUCAGUCAUGUUCAGACUCCACUUGAUGAAUUUGAUUUUGCUGUAACCAAUCUGGCUGUGGACUUGCAAUGUGGCAUUCGUCUUGUAAGAACAAUGGAACUUCUCACAAAAAACUGGAAUCUUUCAAAACAUCUGAGAGUUCCUGCAAUAAGUCGUCUUCAGAAGAUGCAUAAUGUUGAUAUUGUUCUUAAUGUGUUAAAAGAGCGAGGAAUCCAGUUGAAAGAUGAAAGUGGUGCUUCAAUUGAUUCCAGAGACAUUGUGGAUAGACACAGAGAACGAACCUUAGCACUGUUGUGGAAAAUUGUCUUUGCUUUCCAGGUGGAUGUUUAUCUUAAUGUAGAACAGUUAAGAGAAGAAAUAGAGUUUUUAAAGAAUGCACACAAAGUAAAAAGAAAAUUGAACGGUCUCAAGCCUUUUUCAGAUGAUAGUAAAAGGCAAGAUGAUAACAGUAACGCCUCAUUUCACGGUUACAGUGAAAAUGUGGAGCUGCUGAUGGCUUGGGUCAAUGCGGUUUGUGGAUUUUAUAAUAUCAAGGUGGAAAACUUCACAGUAUGUUUCUCCGAUGGUAGAGUAUUGUGUCACUUGAUUCAUCACUACCAUCCCAGUUAUGUGCCUUUGGAAUCUGURUGCCAACGUACAACACAAACAGUAGAAUGCUCAAGAACUCAUACAGUGGGAUUGAACUCUUCCUCCUCCUCCUCCUCGUCAGAGUCCGAUACUUCUCUAAACGUCCUGGAAGGAAUGUUUGACCAAACUGUAACUACAUCAGUCCUAUACAAGGAACUGUUGGAAAACGAAAAGAAAAACUUCCAGCUGAUCAAUGCUGCAGUUUCUGACCUAGGUGGAAUACCUGCAAUGAUUCAUCACUCUGAUAUGUCAAAUACAAUUCCUGAUGAGAAGGUUGUUAUUACCUACCUGUCAUUUGUGUGUUCACGGCUCCUAGAUCUUCGUGAAGAAACUCGAGCUGCUCGACUAAUUCAGUCAGCUUGGAGGAAGUACAAGCUGAAAAAGGAACUGAAACUCUUCCAGGAAAGAGACAGAGCUGCUCGAAUAAUUCAAAAAUAURCUGUCAAGUUCUUGUCUGAUCGACGCAUCCUUAAAAAGGAGAGUGCAGCACUAAUGAUCCAGAAGUGGUGGAGAAGAUACUUGGCCAGGAUCAAAUUUUUAAAUCUAAAAAAGGCAAAGCUAGAGGAAGCCAGAAAUAAAUCUGCCACAGUUAUUCAGGCUCAUUGGAGGAGGUACUCCUCUAGGAAGAGAUAUUUACAGCUCAGAUACUAUACCAUCCUUGUACAAGCAAGGAUAAGGAUGGUGAUGUCUGUUGCUUCUUAUAAACGAAUUGUUUGGGCUGCUGUUACCAUUCAGCGCCAUCUGCGUGCCACUAAGUUGAUGAAAGAAGAUCGUCAAAGAUACGAAACCCUGAAGUCCUCAGCACUUACUAUUCAGUCUGCAUUCAGAAGAUGGAGAACACACAAAAUUCAUCAGAAUAUUGCAGCUGCGUUAGUACUGCAGGCGUAUUUCCGAAAGUGGCAGGCCUCAAAGCUGGUUAAAAGGGAGCGAGCUGCCCUCGUCAUUCAGUCUUGGUAUAGGAUGCACAGAGACUUGAAGCAAUAUUUAUGUAUUAAACAAAGUGUUGUCAAGAUUCAGGCCUGGUAUAGGUGUCAGCUAGCAAGACAUAUUUACCAGGAACAUAGGGCACGAAUAGUGACAAUUCAGCAGCAUUACAGAGCUUACAGGUCAGGAAAAAAGGAAAGGCAAAGCUAUUUGCAAAAACGUAGAGCAGUAAUAGUUCUCCAAGCUGCUUUUAGGAGCAUGAGAGCUCGUAUGCUCUACAGGCAAACAAAGGCAGCUUGCAUUGUUCAGUCACUGUGGAGAAUGAGACAAGAGAAACUAAGAUUUCUACGCAUAAAACAAUCUGUYAUUACACUGCAGUCGCAUGUGAGAAAAUACCAACAAGUGAAGAGAUAUAAAGCGACUAAAAAUGCUGCUUCUGUAAUUCAAGCUCGUUACAGGGCAUAUGUGACUGCUAGAAAAGCAGCUUCCUCUUUCCAAAGGAUACGUCUUGCUGCUCUUGUCCUGCAGUCGGCCUACAGAGGAAUGCAAGCUAGAAAAGAGGCCCGCGUGUUAAGAUCUGUGAUAAAAAUUCAGUCGAGUUACCGUGCUUAUAUUGUCCGAAAGAGAUUUAAAAGCUUAAAAAAUGCAACAGUGACGAUCCAAGCUUUUGUAAAGAUGAGACAAGCACGCAAGCGUUACUGUACAUUAAGGAAGGCAGCACUUUAUGUCCAACGAAGAUAUCGGGCUCGUAGAUAUGUUCUUCAGCUUAAAGAAGAUUAUAGGAAAUUAAAAGAUGCUUGCAUAAGAAUCCAAGCUGCAGUUCGAGGCUAUCUUGUCAGGAAGCAAAUUCAAAGAUGGAAGAAGGCUGCAGUACUUYUGCAGGCAUGCUACAGAAUGAGAAGAGACAGGCAGCGUUACUUGAGCAUCUACCGCGCUGCCGUUGUCAUUCAGAAGCGCUACUGCGCGUGCCGAAGGCAGCUCCAUCAGAGGCAGGASUUCCUGAGAAUUAAAAGAGCAGCUGUGUGCUUGCAAGCAGCCUACAGGGGCUAUAAAGUGCGCAAAACUUGCCAGCUUCAAUACACAGCUGCUAUUAAAAUUCAGUCUGCUUUUAGGACUCACGCUGCGAGAACAAAAUUUCGGGCAAUGAUUCGAGCCUGCGUUGUGAUUCAGAGAUGGUACAGAAACUGUAAGGCUGGUAACAGGCAACGAUUGAGCUUCUUGGCCACUAGGGCAGCUGUGCUGUCCUUACAGGCAGCUUUUCGCGGUUGGAAAGUACGAAAAGAGAUUCACAGGCAACAUGUUGCUGCAACGAUGUUACAGGCUGCCUUCAGAAAAUUUCUGGCCCGGAAAAGGUUCCAGCUCCUCUGCUGCGCUGUGCUCACUCUCCAGCAGCGUUACAGAGCCAGAGUUGCCGGACAGAAACAGCGUCAGGAAUACCUUGAGCUGCGUAACUGUGUAAUACGCACCCAGGCAAUAUGGAGAGGGAAAACUGAGAGAAGGCAAAUCCAAAAGAAGCAUAAUUCUGCAACAGUUAUUCAGUCUUACUACAGAAUGCAUAGAAAUCGACAAAAAUACCAAAAUCUAAGGCAAGCAACUUUAGUGAUUCAGAGGYACUUCAGAUCUUAUUGCAUGAAAAAAACACAGCGUGCACUUUAUCUAAAAACAAAAGCUGCUGUGCUGGUUUUGCAGUCUGCUUACCGUGGGAUGACUGUGAGGAAGCAGUUAAGCAAACUGAGCAAAGCUGCUACAGUUAUACAAGCAGCUUUCAGAUCUUACCUGGUGAAAAAGGAGUAUGUAGCACUUAGAUUUGCAGCUCUUGUGAUUCAAAGGCACUAUCGUGCAGUUGUGCAUGCUAAACGUCUAAAGCAAAAAUACUUGUCUUUAAGAAAAGCCACAGUCAAGAUACAAGCUAUUUAUAGAGGUGUAAGAGCUAGACAACAAAUUCAUCGGAUGCAUCAAGCAGCUGUUUCUAUUCAGGCCAUGUUUAAGAUGCAUCGCUUAAACAUCAGAUACCGGGCAAUGAGAAUGGCAGCAAUUGUAAUUCAAAGACAAUAUAGAGCAUUUUGUUUAGGCAGAGAGCAACGUAAAAAGUACUUGGAGCUGAAGAAUUCUACUAUUAUCCUUCAGGCUGCCUGCAGAGGCCUGAGGGUUCGCCAAGACUUGAAAGUUAUGCAUCGUUCAGCAGCGACAAUACAGUCUUAUUAUCGAAUGCACAGGCAACGAAGAGAUUUUAGAAAAUUGUUACUGGCAGCCAGACGGAUUCAGCAGUGGUUCCGUGCCUGCAGGGAGCGAAAUGCACAAGUUCACAACUACAUGACUAUGAAAAAGGCUGCACUUCGUAUCCAGGCUGCUUUCCGUGGUAUGAGAACAAGAAGACUUAUAAGAACUAUGAAUGCCUCUGCUGAGCUUAUUCAAAGAAGAUUUARAACUUUUAUGAGAAGAAAACAUUUUAUUUCUCUAAGGACAGCUGCUAUUGCAAUUCAGAGAAAAUACCGAGCAACAAAACUAGCAAAAAGCCAACGUCAGAAAUACCUCUCUCUCCUUAAUGCUACUGUUACCAUACAGUCUGCCUAUAGAGGUUUUGUGGUAAGGAAAAAAAUAAAGCAGAUGCAUCGAGCUGCUACAGUUAUCCAAGCAACUUUAAGGAUGCGUAAAACUUACAUUUCCUAUCAAGCUCUCAGGCUUGCUUCAGUAAUCAUACAGCAGCAUUAUCGUGCUUACAGGGCAGGGACGCACGYGAGAGAAACGUACUUAAAAUUGUACAAUUCUGUUUUAGUUAUUCAGGCUGCCUUUAGAGGAAUGAAAACAAGAUCCUUGAUGAAGAAAAGACACAAAGCAGCACUUACAAUACAGAAGAACUAUCGAAUGUACAAGCAACACCAUCAUUAUAGAAGGGUGCAGUGGGCAACCCAGCUAAUACAGAAGAGGUACAGGGCCAAUAAGCUGAAGAAUAUUGCAGUGCAGCAAUUCACUGCAUUGAAGAAAGCAGCAAUUUGUAUUCAGAAGGCAUUUCGAGCGAGGAGGGCAAAAAAACAGCAAGAAAUGCAUUGUGCUGCUCUCAUUCUUCAGAAAAAUUUUAAAGCCUUUAGAGAACGUCAGAGAUACCUUUCUCUUAAAGCAGCAACUAUUGUCCUUCAGAGAAGAUACAGAGCUUUGAUUUUGGCAAGACAUCAUGCUCGGGAGUAUCUUUCUCUUUGCCGAGCAGCUCUUCGCAUACAGGCAGCGUACAGAGGUAUCAGAGCCCGGGAGGGUAUUAAACGUAUGCRUUUGGCUGCCAGGAAAAUCCAGGCAACCUACAGAAUGCACCGGCACAGGAGGUCCUAUCAAAAUAUGAGAAUUGCUGCUAUUGUUAUACAGAAUUAUUAUCGAUCCUAUGUUAAAGGAAAGAAUGAACGAGAGAAAUAUCUGGCAAUUAAGAGGUCCGCUCUUGUUAUUCAGGCGUCAUACAGAGGCAUGAAGGAACGGCAGAAACUAAAGAUAAUGCAUGUCUCUGCAACUGUAAUCCAGGCCAGUUUUCGCAUGUGCGUGCAAUAUCGAUACUACAAACGACUGCAGUGGGCUGUCAGAGUUACACAGCAAAGGUUCAGAGCCAAAAUGGCCAAAGAAGCUGAGGCAGAAAAAUGUGCACUAAAACCAAACGCUAUCUUUUACAUUCAGUUGGCUUCUUGUGCUAAAAAUGCUGGGCAGUGGCCUAAARACAUGGUGACCAUGCAGUGUGCUCGAGCAUUUUCACAGAUGAGUGUGCAAAGGAAGAAUUUCCUCGCAAUGAAAGCGGCAGCCCUAAUCACCCAGUCGCUGUUCCGGUGCCGAAGGGCACGGACUCGGUACCAGCUGAUGCGGAGCUCAGCGGUUGCUAUUCAGAGGUGGUACCGAGCGUGUCGCGCGGCUCGUUUACAGCAAGCAGAAUACUCUGUUCAAAGGCGAGCAGUAUUAGUUAUUCAGUCUGCCUAUCGUGGAAGGAAAGYGAGAAAAAUGGCAAGAGAAAUACGAGCUGCAAGGAAGAUUCAGGCUUUUCUUAAAAUGGUUGUGCAUCGUAGAAGAUUUAUUCAACUUAAAAGAGCAGCUAUUACAUUACAAGCCUAUUACUUGAUGCAUAAAACUAAAUCAGAGUAUGUAAGAUAUAAAAAAGCAGCAGUUGUUUUACAGCAAUGCUACCGAUCUCAUUUGACUGCAAAACAGCAAAGGAAAACUUAUUUGCAAAUCCGGAAGAAUAUUAUCAUGGUGCAGGCUAGAGUUAGAGGAUUCAUUGAAAAGAAGAGAUUUCAAAGAACUAAAGAAAGUGCAAUAAAAAUUCAGGCAUUUUUCCGUGGGUCUGUUCAGAGGCGGCGAUACCUUCAGUACAAGUCUUCUGUCAUCCUGAUUCAGCAGCACUUCAGAGCCUAUUGGAUGCAAAAGGUUGAACAGCAAAGAUACCUUCAAGUAGCAAUGGCUGCCACUGGGAAUCAGGCAUUAUAUAGAAGUUCUGCAGCCAAGCAGUUCACUGACAAAAUGAGAGCAGCACCAGUAAUUCAAGCUGGGUUUCUAGACUGCAAAGCACAAAAGGAACAUGCAUCUGUGGUAAAAGCUCCUUGCGUUAUUCAGAGUCACUUCAGCAGCGUCGUGCAGCAGAGGAUCUGGUUUCUGAGAAUGAAGGUGUGUACAAUUGUGAUUCAGAGAAGAUGGAGAGCAACCCUUACUGCAAGAAAAGUUCACCGGCAGUUUCUGGCAGCUAAAAAGGCUGCGGUUACGAUCCAGUUGGCAUACAGGCAAUAUAGGGCUAGAAGACUAGUAAGAAAGAAGUUUCACGCUGCAUGUUUGAUCCAAGCAACAUACAGGGGCUUUAAGGAGAGAAGGAAGUUUAUUCAACAAAAAGCUGCUGCUUUGRUCAUCCAGAAGCAUCUGAGAGCUUGGCAGGAAGGCAAGCUUCAGUUCAUAAAAUACAACAAAACUAGAAGAGCUGUCAUUAGAUUACAAGCAUUUAUCCGAGGCUAUUUAGUCAGAAAAAAGAUUUUGGAACAGAAACAAAAACAGAGGCUACUGUAUUUUACAGCAGCUGCAUAUCAUCACAUCUCUGCAAUUAAAAUUCAAAGGGCGUAUAGAAUUCACCUUGUCUUAAAACAUGCACAGAACAAGAUCUCUGCUGUUCUAGUAAUACAGAGAUGGUUCCGAGCAAAAGUACAACAGAAAAGGUUUCAGAGAGACUAUCAAAGAAUCAUUCGGUUACAACGCAUGGUUCGAGUCUGGCUGAGGCGCAGGAGCGACGCAGCGACCGUAAUCCAGCGAAACGUGCGCAGGUUCCUCGCCCGCAGGCGCAGCAGAAAACUGGCGGUUGGAAUAACCAAGGUGCAGGCAUUGUGGAGAGGAUAUUCUUGGAGAAAGAGCAAUGACACAGCAAAAACUAAAGCCUUAAGACUAAGUUUAAUAAAGGCUAAUGAAAAGAGCAGAGAAGAAAACAAAUUAUGUAACAGAACUGCAAUUGCCAUUAAAUGCCUUCUAAAUUACAAACAUAUUUCUUAUAUUCUUGCAGCAUUAAAGCAUCUAGAGGUGGUUACCAGGCUGUCCCCAGUCUGCUGUGAAAAUAUGGCCCAGAGCAGAGCCAUCUUYAUUAUUUUUGCUCUGAUACGAAAUUGCAACCGGAGUGUCCCAUGUAUGGAUGUGAUCAGAUAUUCAAUUCAAGUUCUACUUAAUGUUUCAAAGUAUGAAAAAACAACUCAAGCAGUUUAUGAAGUUGAAAAUUCUAUAGAUACGUUACUGGACCUACUACAAAUGUACAGAGGGAAAGCUGGGGACAAAAUUUCAGAGAAAGGCGGAAGUAUUUUCACAAAGACCUGUUGUUUGUUGGCCAUUAUUUCAAAGGAUUCAAAGAGAGCUUUGGAAAUUCGAAGCAUGCCAAGGGCAGUCACUUGCAUUCAAAGCCUCUAUAAACUUACUGCUCGGAAGCACCGAAUGGAUGCUGAGAGAACACUUGUGAAGCAGAAAACAAGCACUUGCACCAGUGGAACUCCCUUUGUUCCAGUAACUCCCGUAAGAACGAAAACAGUUUCAAGAAUCAAACCAGAUUGGGUUUUGAGGAAGGAUAACAUGCAGGAAAUUGUGGAUCCUCUGCAAGCAAUUCUGAUGGUGAUGGAUACGCUUGGUAUUGCGUGCUGCUGAAAUGUAAAUUAUGUAUAUGAAAAUGCAUUUGUAUAGUAUGCAACUGUCUGUACGUAGCAGGCAGUUGGACCAACAGAUUUGGUUAUAAAUGUAAAAAACUAUUCUGGAUUUUUUUUUCC